AUGAAGCUCCAGCAAAAGUCACAGGAAGAAAAUGUCACUGAGUGGGUGGAAUUUGUUCUCUUGGGCUUCUGUGAUGUUCCACAUCUCCGAUGGUUUCUUUUUGGUGUCUUCUUACUCAUCUAUAUGGUUAUCCUGUUGGGCAACGGAAUCAUAAUACUGCUAACAAAAGUGGACUCUACUCUUCACAUCCCCAUGUACUUUUUCCUUGCCAAUUUUUCCUCCUUAGAAAUCUGUUACGUUUCAGUUAUACUCCCCAGGAUGCUCAUGAAUCUUGGAACCCAGCAAAGGGCAAUCUCUUUAUUUGCCUGUGCUUCCCAAAUGUUCUGUUUCCUUACAUUUGGGGCUACUGAGUGCUUCCUGCUGGCUGCAAUGGCCUAUGAUCGUUAUGUGGCCAUUUGUAACCCUCUGCACUAUCCUGUCAUCAUGAACCACAAAGUGUGCUCCCAGCUGGUGGCUGCUUGCUGGAUCAGCGGGGUCCCUGUCCAGAUGGGGCAGACACUCCAGAUUUUCUCUCUGCCCUUUUGUGGUUCCAACCAAAUCAACCACUUCUGCUGUGACAUCCCCCCAGUCCUCAGGCUGGCUUGUGGGGAAAUCUUUGUGAAUGAGAUGAUGGUCUACUUAGCCGCAGUGGUGUUGGUCUCGGUUCCAUUUGUGCUAAUCCUCACUUCCUACAUUAAAAUCAUCUCUACAGUUUGUAAGUUGCCAUCAGCCACAAGUCGAGCCAAAGCUUUCUCCACCUGUUCAUCUCAUCUCACAGUGGUGAUGUUAUUCUUUGGAUCAGCCAUGGUUACUUAUUUAAGACCCAACAGCACUCACUCAGCAGGAACUGACAAAGUGCUUGCUCUGUUCUAUACAAUUCUGACUCCCAUGUUUAACCCCAUGAUAUAUACUCUAAGGAACAAGGAUGUCACAACCGCUUUGGGGAGGUUACUAGGUAAGUAA